CAUGUAGAAAGUUGGUGGGACGAGUGCACAAUUAUACUGACUAAUAUCAAUAGAAUUAUUUUGCAGAACACUUUCAAAUUACAUUAUUUUGGGAGAAGUCGUUUUUUUCCCAUAAAAAUAUUGCUGCAGGUAACUUUUCCAGAGCCCUUAAAACGUCACACCGGAAUACGGAAGUUUGGAACAUUGUGGAAAAAACAUUUUUUUAACAACACUACUACAAAUUAACUAAAUAUGAGAGACCGCGAAAAAGUGACAUAUCACAAUAACGAUAGAUUAUGGCGCGCAUUUUCUGAUAAUAACAACUAGCCCAGCUUGCUCCAUGGGACAACACGCUUGUAGCAACUUGACCAAUUCAAUGUUUGGGGUGAUGUUUCAUACCAGACAAUCGGCAUGAUUUCACACUAACGAUAAAUGACUUAAUUUUGAUGGAAAGUUAGUUUGCUAACAAGCCAGCUAGCUAGCUACAAAACCAAGCACCCAAAAUGCAAUCAGCUGAUAUGCGGCAUCUUCCAGAUCAUGUGACCAAACCCCCUGUGUUUCGGAAGGGGUCUUCUGAUAGGUAGCACUAGCAGUUCACUUGUAAUUGAACCAGAGAUCGCCUCUUUCUCUCACAACCAGUACAAUAUCGACGUGUCUCUGGAGGAGGAAUCCGAGAGGCAGCAGGAGGAUCCACCCAGCGCCAGCGGCCCAACCAUGACCUCCGACCCUGACCAUCGUCAAGACGGCCCGGGUCCAGUUCUCUCCAGGAUAUCAGCGAGCACCUCCGAGGAGGAUGUUCUCUGUCCUACUCCACCUCUGCCCCCCAGACCUGAUUCUCGGUACGAGAGAAUUGGAGGCCAAACAGGGACUUCUUUUUUACAGACCCUGAUCCACCUCCUGAAGGGAAACAUCGGUACAGGGCUGUUAGGCCUACCUCUGGCUGUCAGGAACGCAGGCCUUGUGUUAGGACCUCUGAGUCUGUUCGCCAUGGGGAUAAUAGCAGUCCACUGUAUGAAUCUGCUUGCAAAAUGUUCCCAUCACCUCAGUGCAAAGUUGAACAAGCCUUCUAUGACGUUCCUCUGUUCUAGUGAACAAGCCCUCUUUCUGAGUGACAUCCCUCUGUGCUAG